AUCAGCCCCCAAAGUUUAAGUUUUCCCUUCCACAGAGCCCUUGGCUAACUACAUAAAUACCACAGAGAGUUUCAGCAGUGUGGGGAUAGAGAACCUGGGAGCCCAACAACAGCGUUUGCUGGAAGUAAAAAAUCUGGACAGGAAACACAGAUCCUUCAGGGGAAUAACAGACCCAUAAUCACAUAUUCAGUGUAAACAUGGAUCUGGAAUGUGCAUGGAAAAUCUUUGCCCAUUUAUUCUAUCAUUUAUUGUGUAUUUAAUGUAUCAACAUAUGAUAUACACAGCCCAGAGCCACCAAACCUGCUGCUCUAACACCCAGGUCAUUCUUCUGCACAUUCUUCUUCUGUCUCAUAGGCCCUAACACAAACUUUUAUGAACUUUCCAAUCUGAAAGCUUUAUUUCCAACCCUUGUUCCCAGCUCUUUUAGACAAUGAGCCAAUGAUACAGCAAGAAGAAAGCCUGAGAGCUCCUGUGAAUCCACCCUUAAAGGGUGGCAUGACCUAAUUGAGAAUCUAAUUAUGCAACAAUUUGUGCAAGGGCUUUGGGGUCCCCAGUUUCCCUCUCUACCCAAACUACUGAUUACCUGUGUGCAGAUUGUCAAGGAGUUGAAUCUACUACUGAGAAGUGCUGGCAGAGAGAGGUCUUAAUUUAGCAAUUUUUCUUUUCCUUUGCAUGCCCGUAAGUUUAAAUUGUUUUAUCAAUGCCUUUUGUAACAAAACUCUGGAAGUACUUGACUGGCAUUUGAAUUCUGUCAAGCAGCUUUCUGUCCAACUUCUGCCAGUUCAAUAGAAAUAUAUGUGUUUCAUUCACACAUUAUCACCCUAGAAGUCAAACAUUUUAUUUCCCAUGCUUAUUGCCUCAUCCCACAACUUUUCACUUCUGCAGUCCAGAAAAAAAACCAGAAGGAAGUCAAGCUGGAAUUGCUAUGGAGCUGCUGCUUGCUGUACUAUUUCUAUAAAAGGUAGGGAACAGCUUCCUCUCAGCAAAACUCACAUGUUUCCACAGCAAAGAAUAAUUUUUGUAUCUUUACACUGCUGCUUUUUCCAUCACAGACUAUAACUCUCUCAGCAGUUGAAAACAAGAGGAAAAACAAGUUAUUACCCCAGCAAACAGAGCUACUGCAAUUCAGUUUGUCACACUACAGUCCUCCCUCCAGUGAGCAACUUGGGACACCGCACUUCAAAGCUGCCUGAAGCCAUUUAAAACGGGGUAAAUAAACGCAGAAUGAAAAACCAACACCGAACUGCUGGCUCAGCACACUUCAGAGAACACUGAGCGAAGUUUCUGCUCAGGGCUCAGUGCUGGGCCAACCUUUUGCCCAGUUUCAGCUCCCUCCGAGGGCAAUCACCAGCACCAAGAGCAAAACAAGAGAGUGUCCAGCCACAGAGAGAGCCUUCCUUGACUUCCCACAACAAAGCAGGAGUUUACAAACACUUUGUGUGCAUCCUUCUCCACGAGCAGAGCGGCUUUGAAGUUUUGCAGGUAGCCCUUGGUUUUUGCAGCUUACCAUAAAGCACCCAAAUCCAGGAUUGACGAAAUUAAUCGAAUUAAUAACGAGGUUUUCCAUGGCUGCAGUAUUUCUGUGCAAGGUUCUUCUGAGCAGGAUUGGAUAUUGCAUGGAGAACACGGAUCUAUCCCAUCCCUUGGAACUAGGAGAGUAUCAAAUGUUGCCUACAGGAGCUAAGCCCAAAGCAAAGCCAGAAUUUGUGGAAUUCCUUGCUGAAUUUAUUCCUGCUUUGGGUGACAAUGGACUCAUUGAACCUUUGGCCUGAAUAAUUGUGGUUAUCCUUAAGUGCCUCCUGAAAUUUCCUAAGUGUCCAGUAAGGAUUUGCCCAGCAUGUCUUCACUGACAGAGAAGGACAGACCAAUUGUUCAGCUCUUGCUCAGCACUGGCACUUGCCCACGAUGUAUUUUGAGGUUCUGCUCUGUGGGAUCACAGAUGCUCUACAGACAGCCACACAAGGAUUUGAUGAAGGAUUUGCAGGAAUUUCUGAAGAGCAGUCAGGAAAAAGAAGACACAGUCUGUUUGGAUGUGGCUGACCCACCUUGUAAGAGACUCAGACUUGAACAUGGGGAAGAAGGAGCUGAUGGUCUGAACCACAAUGGAGCCAUUCCCUCGGCUGACAGUGGGAAUUCUGCCACGGAGAGCUCGGCUGAGAAGGUUUGCAACGUGUGUUUGGGAAUUCUGCAGGAGUUCUGUGAGGCUGACUUUGUUAAAAAGGUGUGCCAAAAAGUUAACUCUGCUGACUACCAGUUCACCAGUUUUGUAUUUUCUGUGUCACUACCCCCACAGCUGUCUGUCAGGGAGCGUGCUGCUUGGCUGGGGGUGAAGCAGCAGAUGAGAAAUCUGGGCCUUCCCUUGGCUAAGGAUGACAUCGUUCAGCUGAAAGAAGCUUAUAAGUGGAUUAUUCAUCCCCAGUUGUCAGAAGAGUUGGGUGUUCCUGCUGAUGGAAAGAGUCUGUUUGAAGUCAGCGUGGUCUUUGCUCACCCAGAAACAGACGAGGAGUGUCAUUUCCUAGCCACAGCCUGCCCAGACUGUUUCAAACCAGCCAAGAACAAACAGUCUGUUUUCACCAGAAUGGCAGUUAUAAAAGCCCUGGAGAAGAUAAAAGAAGAGGAUUUUCUCAAGCAUUUUCCAUGUCCCCCAAGUUCACCAAAGAACCUCUGUGAUGCUCUGGAAAUUCAGUGCAAUAAUGGUGCAGUUUUUGUGGCUGGAAGAUACAACAAAUAUUCCAGGAAUUUACCUCAGACUCCCUGGAUUAUUGAUGGGGAGCGGAAGCUGGAAUCUUCAGUGGAAGAAUUAAUUUCAGAGCAUCUCAUGGCAGAAUUCAAGGCAGACAGCUUUAACUUUAGUUCCUCUGGAAGAGAAGAUGUGGAUGUAAGGACACUAGGCAAUGGAAGGCCCUUUGCGAUCGAGCUGGUGAAUCCCCGCAGGAUCCGUUUCAGUGCCGAGGAGAUGAGGAGGCUGCAGCAGGCAAUUAAUGACUCUUCAGACAAAAUACAGGUUCGAGAUUUGCAGCUCGUCACCAGAGAGGCAAUUGGUCGGAUGAAGGAAGGUGAGGAGGAGAAGACAAAGACCUACAGUGCCUUGAUAUGGACAGACAAAGCAAUACAGAGAGAAGACAUCGAAUUUCUAGAUGAUAUCAAGGAGUUGAGGCUGGAGCAGAAGACCCCCCUGCGGGUGCUGCACCGGCGGCCGCUGGCCGCGCGCUGCCGGCUGAUCCACACCAUGAGAGCCGAGUACAUCGACCAGCACCACUUCCGCCUGCGCCUCAAAACCCAGGCAGGGACCUAUAUUAAAGAGUUUGUGCAUGGAGACUUUGGGAGAACAAAGCCCAACAUUGGCUCCCUUCUGAACAGGACUGCUGACAUUCUGGAGCUGGAUGUAGAAUCCGUGGAUGUUGACUGGCCUCCAACCCUGGCUGAUUAACCUCUGGAGCUGGGAUGAGGAAGCAGCAGCUCCUUGGCAGCAGCUGGUGACCAGACACUGUGCAGUGUUACAGCCUGGGUGCCAAGGGUGUCCCUGGAACAUCUGGAUCAUGUUGAUCUGCCAAAGGAUACCCUUGGGCUUCACUUUACACACCCUGGACCAGGUAGUGUUGGUUCCAUCUCUAGCCUUACUUUUAUUUCUUCUGCACAUAAAAAGGUUUUGGGAGUCAAGUGUAUAUAACCCUCCAUCAAGCCAGAUUUUAUUUUAAACUCUUUUUAUAUUGGAUACUCCAGCUUUCCUUGUGUGGAUGCAGGUAACACUGAAGUUAUCUGAAACCCACUCCCAGCUUUUUCUGAGCAGUUCAUGCAUGAAAUCCCAAAAGCCAGGGAGUGCUCGCAGCAAGUUUCCCUGAGACACUGACUGCUUUUUGGUCAGUGGCAGUAAAGAGGAGCAAAUUUAUCUCUCAGAGUGCUUUUCAAAGGGGAAGAUAAGUUUUCAGAGGAAAAUUUUGCACUUAAACCAAGUUUUUCUCAUUUAAAAACAUUGGGGAUGCUUCCUAGAAACAAGAGUUGAGGCCUCAUCAGCUCUCUUGAGGACUAGGAAUUCCCCAGUGAGUCACAAUGUGCAAAAAGACUGGGAACUCCUGGCAGUGGUGCAUGAUGGGAAUCUAAAGAAAAACAGGAAUACCAAGAAUGUCAAAGUGCAGGCAGAAACAAAAGGUACCACGGGAUGCUGGUACAGAGAAAGAGAUAAAAAGCUGUGAUUUAGCAGUGUAAUACAUUUUUUUCUUGUACCUCUCCUUGGAUGGAUGCCUGGAAGAGUUGAACACAGCCUAAGAACUUGCCUGGAAUAGGGAAGAUCUGAGGUUUUCUUUGGUUAUUUAAAUGUUUCUUACUAAGCACCACCUACAUCCUUAGGAAGUAAUUUUUUAUACCUGUAUCAUGUUAAUCCCUUAGGGAGGUGCUUCCCUGAAGUACAGAAGAGAGUUAAACUAUCAACAAGAAAUUAAGGUUUGGAAUCUCAGAGCUCUUUGUUAACAUUUUGGGAACAGAGAGAGCAACAUUUGCCAAGACAAGCCACUGUCUGGGGACAGGGAGGAUGACUGGGAUGUCUUCCCUUGAAUUCAGUGAUGCUAGAGCAGCUCCAUGAGAGCUUGAGCUGGAGGCUCUAAAAGUCUUAAUAAAUAAAUACAUUUUUAAGGAGCUCCUUGAAAGCUCUGCCUGUGCAGGGCUAUCAAAAAUUGUGUCUGUAACAUAAGUAAUUCAGAAGCUCCUGUUUUUCUAAUACAAAAAUUUGAUUCAGACAGCAAUAUUAUUUUUUGUUUUAAUAUUAAAGCUCUUAUGAGCAACAGAUUCCAUGAGUAGUUCUCAGAUAAUAAUCUGCAGCUAGGAAGGAAAUGUCAUUAAUGAUGGAAAACUAAAGAAACCUAAUUCAGAAAACAAAGGAGGGUUUAAUCUCUGCAUGAUUUCUUAAAACUGCAAGUGAGCUAAAAUGUGAUUUAUAAAUUCCAUAAACUACAAGGGGGAAUAAAAAUGUAAACAAGACUGUGCUGUCUGGACAGAACAGGCAUGGGAAGAGCUGUUCCAAGGGGAAAUAGAGCUAAAAGGGGAGAGGGAAAGGGCUGCUGCAGUAAUGCCAAGGACACACAAGGCUCUUCUCUCUGCAGCUCCUGCUGCACGUGGGCAUCCCAGGCAGAAUCCAGGAUAAACAAAGCCAUAAAGAUGACCCUCAGUGUGCUGAGCCUGAGCUCUUCUCUGGGCAAGGCAGACAGCUCCUCCCAAAAUUCCCAGGCUGUUUAUUUUUACAGUAGAUCUGAAGUGUCUGAAGUGGAGGGGGGUGGUAGCUGAUAUGCAAAUAUCCCUGAGCUCUUCAGGCAGUUCCUGGGCACCAAUCACGUGCAAAUAUGAAACUGAGAAAUGUAAUCUGGGGGUCUGAACUUUCUAGUCCAGUUUUGGAACCAUCAUGUACUGAAUAUUGCAGCAAUAAUAUUCACGUUGUACUUGGGCCUUCACCUGAUUUUUAGGAGUAUUUUUGUGAGUGCUCAAACUGUGUGUUUUGUGAGAGCCAGAUUUCAUCUCUUAUUUCCCCCCUGCAUUUUGGUAUUGCAUCAGCUCAGCUGGGCCUGGAGAAAGCUGUACAAGCACACAGCUCAGCCAAAAGCAUCUGUGCCCUUGUCCCCUCUGCCUGAAAACCCUACAGCUCUGCCACAGAACCUGCUGAGACAGAUGAGCCCUCAGGUGCCUGAGGUUUUAUAGUGGCCACCAGCAACAGGAGCAGAAAAUACCCCCAAAAAACCCAGGAUAAGCAACCAAUAACCUACCUUGUCCCUUUUCCUGUGGUGAGGGAUGUGCAAAGCUGAGGAGGUUGCAGAAGCUUGAGCACUUGGUAUAACCAGUUUUUUUUUAAUUACCAAACCAACUCAUUUACAAAGGAAAACAGAACUUUGAAAAUAUUUAAUUAUACAGUAAAAACAAAUUGUACUAUAAAGAGCUUUCUAUGAAGUGAGUAAAAUGUUUACAUUUAAUAUACUUAAAAACUGAGAACUUCAAAAACAAAAAAGAACUGAAUAAACAACACGUUUCAAACU